ACCAUAGAACCAGCUCCGAUACGACAAAGGUGAAAACGACGACAUCGCUCAUGUUAUUUAGCUGGCUACGGCCGGGCUAGUAGCAGCUGCAUUUUAGUAGCGGCUGCUGAUUUUUAAAAUCCUCGAGUCUAAUCCAAACCUAGAGUUCUAUAUAUGAUUAUUUGGAAACACUAUCGGCCUAGAUUCCACUAUAUACGGUAUAUAUACAGCUGACAUAUCUAUGACCCGUAUUUUGUGUAUUUGGCUGCUGCUUUGCAAUCACUAUGAAUGCUUCGCCAGACAAGCGAAACAAACUUUUUUUUUUGCACAUAGAUCAUGUGGAGGACGUCAGUGUUAGAAAGUUCGCUUCUGACAUAUAUAUGUUGGCAAAUGCAGGUCCUACAUGGGAGUGGGCCAAUACCCUGAAGGAGAAAAUGAUGGCCAACCUUGAGAUCGCCAAGGACAGGCUCGAAUUUCUAGAAGAUAUGGUGCGGAUAGAGCACCUCAGCGAUGAGGUGCCCUCGCAUGCGGGCUUGGCCCGGCGCCCGGCCACACCGAAGCGGCGUCAGUGGCAGAAGGUGGUCACCCCGAAAGCCGCAGAGCCGAUCAGUGACGGCCCCUCGUGGCUGAAAAGGGCCAUGAACGGCGUCGGGAUGGCCACCCAGCUACUGCAACAUCGCCAAGCUACUUAG